AAGAGACCUCAAGCAAACCAACCAUGUCCACACGUCUCUACGUCGGACGCCUCAACAGAGCUGAUGAGCGAGACAUCGAGGACUUCUUCAAGGGCUACGGUCGUAUUGCAGAAAUCAAGCUCAUGUCUGGUUUCGCCUUUGUUGAGUUCCAAGACCCACGCGAUGCGCGCGAUGCCGUGCAAGACUUGAAUGGCAAGUCGUUGUUUGGCGAGCGCUUGAAUGUCGAGUUUGCAAAACCACCGCGUCGAAGAGACGAUGACCGUGAUGAUCGUCGUGAUCGCGGCAGGUACGAUGACUACAGGGAUGAUCGUCGUGGCGGUGGUGAUCGCUAUGAUCGUGGACCUGAGCGUCCCCUGCGCUUCGCUCGUCCCAGGCGAACAGGUUUCCGUGCGAUUGUGGAAAACUUGGAACCUUCUACCUCAUGGCAGGAUCUGAAGGAUUUCGCAAGAACUGCCGGUGAAGUGACAUUUGCUGAUUGUCACCGCGAGCGUGAAGGUGUCGGUGCCAUUGAAUUCGCCCUCGAGGCAGAUCUCAAUGCAGCGAUUGCCACACUCGAUGGUCAAGAUCUCAAGGGCCAACCUGUCACCGUGCGUGCUGAUCCAGAUGCAUCUGUGCCACUCGAUGAGUACGAAGCUCGUCGACCCCCUCCACCUCGUUCAUACCGAGAACGUAGUCGUUCGCCUUAUGGUGGUGGCGGUGGUGGUGGUGGUGGUGGUGGUGGUGGUGGUUACGGCGGCGGUAGUGGUGGUCGUCGUCCACGUUCACCCUCACCGUAUGAUCGACGAAGACGUGAUGAGAGCCCACCACGACGUCGACGCGAGUACUCACCCGCACCACGUCGUCGUCGCGACGAUUCACGAGAGCGUGGUUAUGACAGGUCGCCGGUGGUGGAACGACGUGAAAGGUCGCCUGUGGGUGAACGACGUGAGAGGUCUCCUGUGCGUGCUAUGGAUGAAGAUGCACCUAUUGAGCGGGAAGCAGCCCCUGUUGAUGACUACUGAAGCCCACAAGAGCUUCUUUUGGUCGUGUCGAGUCGUAGGUCAUAGGCUUCCAUCAAUGUUUGCCACAACCAUAGUCCUGCCAUAUAAAAAGAAAAGAAUGACUAGCAGAAACAAAGAAAGGGCGAGUAUACUAAAGAAUGAGGGAGAAAGCACAAUCAUUUCAUCAAACAAGUUUGUCCCCUCUAGUCGCUUUUUGCCUAAAAAUCGGUCAAGAGCGUCGGUCUCUCUCCAUAAACGCUUGGAGCUCCAAAAGUGGAAAAGGAAAGCUUCACAUGAGUCGACAGCAACCUUUCGCCUCUGUCUCUGAAUCAUCUCGGUGUAGAAGUGCUGAGCGUGUUGCAGCUUCAAAAAUGUCGUCCACUCCUUCGCCCGUCAGAGAACUACACUCCAUGUAUCGCUUGGCACCAAUCUUAUUGGCCAUCGU